CAAAGUGAAUUUGCUGUGCUGCAAUUAGAGCUCUCAGCACAUUGGCCAUCCAGUCAUGACAAAAACCAACUUCUUGGCCAUCCAGUCAGAUGUGGCCUCAGAACAUUGGGGGCGCUUGCUGCCGGAGCAAUUUACUACCAUUUUUAGCUCUUCAAAAUCCAAGUAAAUUCUAUUAUGUCCAGAUUCUUUUGAGCCUUUUUUUUUUCAGGCCAAAAAAUUUUAGCAAUAAGGAGAGAUGGCGGCACAAAAGAGAAUCGAAGCAAUAUUAGAGAGGCUGUUUCCGGAAUCUCCGACCACCGCCACCACCAAAUCCAAGCCUAAUAAUAGCAAUAAUAAUCAUCUAUAUAAUAACGGCUCCUCUGCUUCCACCACCAUCAGUAGUGCUGAUGGAGUUCGGUGGUUGAAAGGCAAGAAACGGCCGAAUGCAUUCUCUGCAUUGGGCAUACUUGGUCCAAAAUCAAGGUUAAAUUCAACUGAGGAAAUGCAGGUGUCAUCAGGUUCAAGUGGUUCAGUACAAGCUCCAUCUUGCAGACCAUGGGACCGUGAUGAUCUAUUUAGGAGGUUGUCUACUUUCAGGUCCAUGACUUGGUUUGCUAAACCACAGACAUGUAUUGCCAGCCUUCAUGCCAAGAGCUCAGGAUGGAGAGGCUCACUAAAAUUUUCCUCUAUGGUAUCGAAAAGCUCACUAAACUGCCGGCGAACUUUAAGGGGAACAGAAGAUGGAAACACAGAAAGCAUGUGCAGUCCCAAAGCAUGCUUCUCUUAAUUAAUAUUUCUGCCAAACUCUAAACCAAAC